UUGAUAAUAAAACCAGCCGAAAUGGAGACUUCUCAGAUUCGCCAGAACUACGACCGCGACUGCGCGGCUUUGAUCAACAAGAUGAUCAACUUGGAGCUUUACGCUGGAUACACCUACACCUCCAUGGCUUUCUACUUCAAACGGGAUGAUGUCGCUCUUCCUGGUUUUGCCAGGUUCUUCAAGAAGAACAGCGAGGAGGAGCGCGAGCAUGCUGAGAAGUUCAUGGAGCUCCAGAACAAGAGGGGGGGGCGCAUCGUGCUUCAGGACAUCAAGAAACCUGAUCGUGAUAUGUGGGGCAAUGGACUGAUUGCUAUGCAGUGCGCUCUUCAGCUGGAGAAGAACGUCAACCAGGCUCUGCUGGAUCUGCAUAAGGUCGCCUCUGAGAAGGGAGACCCUCAUCUGUGUGACUUCCUGGAGACUCACUACCUGAAUGAGCAGGUUGAGACCAUCAAGAAACUUGGUGACCACAUCACCAACCUUUCCAAGAUGGAUGCUGGCAACAACAGGAUGGCGGAGUACCUGUUUGACAAGCAGACCCUGGAUGGAGACAGCAGCUAAAUGCAGCCCUGAGAUAAUUUAUUAGUCAAUGUAUUAUUGAACAUUUUGAAUUUGAGGGGUUAAAAUUUAAACAUCAAGUAAAAACUCUCACUUUAGAAAAGUUUUCCUGUGAUUAUUCAUUUUCUGACAUCAAGUCAGUGUUUUGCUGUUAAAAGUACACUUAUUUUAAACUAGUGAAUUUGAUGAAUAAACAUUUUGGGCUGGA